AUGCCACCAGCAUCGGAGUUGACUCAAAACAGAACACUAAUAGCGGCAAUUGGUGAUGAGGAUACCAUUACAGGCCUCUUACUUGCUGGUAUUGGUCAGGUUACCAACGAACCAGGUAGGGAGAAGAACUUUUUUGUGGCCUCAGAGAGCGUCAAGGUUGAAGAUUUGCAGAAGAUAUACAACGAGUUCAUAGAAAGAGACGACAUAGCCAUACUUCUCAUCAAUCAGCAUCUUGCAGAUAAAAUCAGAUUACUGAUUGACACAUUCACAAAGCCAUUUCCUGCCAUCUUGGAGAUCCCGUCUAAGGACCACCCCUACGAUCCCGAAAAAGACUCUGUUUUAAGAAGGGUCAGAAGGCUCUUUGGCGAAUAA